ACCUUCGUCGUCUUCAUUCUCAAUCGCCUAAAACCCUAACCCUCACUUUCUUCACCAGUCUAGGUUUUUACAGAAUCAAUACACACAUAUAUAUAGAGAGAGUUCAUAUAAAUACAGAGAGAGAGAGAGAGACAGAGAGGCGAAGAUGAGUCUGGUGGCAGGCUCGUACGAGCGAUUCAUAUGGGGAUUCAAGCUCAAAACCCUAAAACACUCCCAAGAAACCCUAACCCUAACCCCACUCUUCACCUUCCCCUCCCACAUCUCCCCCAUCAGGUCAGUCGCCGUUUCCGGCUCCGCCGCGGCCUCCGGCGGCGCCGACGACACCAUCAAAAUCUACGACCUCUCCACCACCUCCGAAAUCGGCUCCCUCAACGACCACUCCGCCACCGUCACCGCCCUCUCCUUCUUCACUCCGCCGUCCCUCUCCUUCCCCCGCAACCUCAUCUCCGCGUCCGACGACGGCGCCGUUUGCAUCUACGACGCCGACCCUUUCGUACACCUCAAGACUGUUCAUGCUCAUAAGAAGGGAGUGAAUGACCUCUCUGUGCACCCUUCGGGGAAGUUAGCAUUGACGGUUGGGAGAGACUCUUGUUUGGCGAUGUUGAAUUUGGUUAGAGGGAGAAGGAGCUUUUUUUGUAGGUUGGGGAAGGAAGCGUCGAUUGUGAAGUUUGAUUUGGCUGGAGAUAAGUUCUUUAUGGUUAUGGAUGAGAAAGUUUCGGUACAUGAGUCUGAGGAUGCGAAAUUGGUCUUUGAAAUGGAUAAUCAAAAGAGGGUUCUUUGCGCCGCUCCAGGCACGAACGGACUUCUAUUUACUGGUGGUGAGGACCGGGGUAUUAGAGCAUGGGAUACAAUCAGUGGGAAGCUUGCUUAUUCCAUUGAGGAUGCACAUUCAGCCCGUGUUAAAGGUGUUGUUGUGCUCGCAGGGAGUGAUGCUGCUUCUGCUGAUGGUGAUCCAUAUUUAGUGGCAUCGGCAUCAUCAGAUGGUGUUAUACGUGUCUGGGAUGUUCGUAUGGCCAACAAAGAGAAGCCAAACCCAUUGUCUGAGGCUAUUACAAAAUCAAGACUGACCUGUCUUGCUGGAUCAUCUGUGAAAUCUUUUAGGCGACCACAACUUGGAAACAAUGUUCCUCAAAAAGAGCAGGACGCCAGUGUGGAAGAUUCAUAAAAUCCAGGAAGCAUGAAUUGCUUUAAGCCAAUCUACAUGGUUGUAUUACUAGAAGAGCUUGGCCAUGUUACUGAAAUGUUAGGUCCUAUCGAUCCCUCCAAUUUUGGCAUUUAUAAUAUCCAUGUAAUAUAUUGUUGAUUUUAAUGAUAGAUGUCACAUUAAAUUUGUCAUACUAUUUAUUGAUCUACCAAGUGUUCUUCCAUCACUUUGCUUCACCAAGGGUUUAUAGUGACUACUCUGGCUUUUAAUUAAAUAAGGAAUUCCUACUUUCAUCA